AUGGAUAUUCAAGCUAACACCGAUUAUCAGAUCGUAAAGGCUCUCUCUCUCGCCGACGUCAGUACGGCCAUAGAAAAUCGGAGGUUUCUGGGGGAUGUGAGCGACAUGGACUUGGAACUUGUCGAACAGAUCUUACCUCACUGUUCCAAGACACAGUUGAUCCAUAUAGAGAAGUCCACAAAAAACAGAGAUCUGAGUCCCGUGACUGAUAAGCUGUGGAAGAGUUUCUAUGAGAGGGAGUUCGGAACUGAAUCGACCGAGUCGGUUUCACAGAUAAUGAAGGAGUGGAAUCUCAAGUUCAAGUGGUCGGAGCUGUACCAGGAGAAAUCAAAGAGAGUGAAAGGGGCUAAGAAGAAAGAAGAUGACGGGAAACUGAGCCGGCAAGUGAGGGUUUGCAAGAAGGUUUCACCAUUCUCAGGCAAGAAAGAAAAGUGGCUAAAGAAGAAGUUCGUAGGCGCCAUUGUGCCAACUGCCAAGCAUUCGAGCUGUGGUAAAAGAUGA